AUGAGGUGGCGGCUCUUGACGCUCUCGGCGCCGCUGUGCCUUGCCACGGCGCCUCCUUCGGACGUGUUCCCCCUAGAGGGCGCGGCCUGCAGCGCUGCCGCAGGUCGGCCGCCACCGAAGACGCCGACGGCGUUUGAGGUGCUGACCAGCAAAUGGGACGCUUUGCCGCUGCCCGACGUUCCUGAUUUUGGCUCCAGGUGGGAGCCCAUGCUGGAUGAGCUUGACAAGAUCUUCAGCAAUUCCUCGGUGGUGCGCGCGCCAACGCUUGAGAGCAGAUCCGAAGCGCAGCAGGAAGUCGCCAGUGCCCUUGGAGACAAGGCGGCUGCCGUGUAUGGAGAGAUGCUGAACAUCGGGACGCUUGGCAUGCUGCACCAUCUGGGUGCGCAGCCCGGUCAGCGAUUUUACGACCUUGGCAGCGGCACGGGCAAGGCCACAAUGAUCGCCUGGCUGUGGGGCCUGCACGCCACCGGCAUCGAGCUGGUUUCGCAGAGGUGGCAGAGCGCCUGCAGGGCUCUGGAGGCAGUGCGGCACACACCACAGCUGAGACCACCCUUGACGGGCGGCUCGAUGCGGCAGAUCAAAGGGAACCUCGCGGAGAUUGACGUGGCAGAUGCAGAUUUUGUCUUCUCGAACUCCGUGAUGUUCCCACAGGAGCUCGUGCGGAUGAUGGCGAGACAUCUCGGUGACUCUCUGAGGCCUGGUGCUCUGGUCGUUUGCUUCCAGUUGCUGCAAACCAUAGACGACAGAUUCGUCAGCCUUGGGAAGAUUAUGGGACCCGCCACAUGGAAGUUAGACCAGUCGUGGCAUGUCCACAAGGUGGUCACGUCUCCUGCCGAUGCACCUCGUCAGGAUGAGAAGUUGGGCGAACCGCAGCCAGGAAGGCUGCCAGAUCAAGUAUGUGAGCUGCUUGCUGAGUCUGACAGGCCGAGUUGA